AUGACGAUAACAACAACUAUAGCCUACGCUACAAUUAGGACUACAAUCUGUUUUUGUAUACGCAGUGAGAUAUUCUGUGACGGUCCACUUCUCUCUGCAGCUCAGAAUGCAUUUAUCUUCAACGACUCAAAAACAUUUGUUGAUCUUCACUUGAAAAAUGAUCCAGCUACCGUCCUUUCUGACUUUGAAAGCCUAAACUCCACAGACAUGGGUGUAAUGCAGAGUUUCGUGGAUGCAAACUUUGACGGACCAGCCAUUGAGUUCAGUCCCUGGGUUCCACCAGAUUGGCAACUAAGUCCUGCAAUUUUGGAGAAAAUUCAAGACCCCGAACUCCGUGCCUGGGCCUCUGAUCUUCAUACCCUAUGGAAAGACCUAGGGAGAAAGAUUAAAGAUGAUGUUGAUAUCAAUAAAGACCAGUACUCCCUCAUGCAUGUCGACAAUCCAUUCGUGGUUCCCGGCGGGCGAUUCAGAGAAUUCUAUUACUGGGAUUCGUACUGGAUUAUCAAGGGAUUGCUGCUCUCUGGUAUGACUGACACUGUGAAAGGAAUGCUGUCCAAUUUCAUCUCCAUAGUGGAUCAACUAGGAUUCGUCCCAAACGGCAACCGUAUCUACUACCAGCGAAGAAGCCAGCCACCAUUCCUCAUCCCUUCCGUCAAUGAGUAUCUAAAGGUCACAGGGGACUUCCAAUUCGUCAGGGACAAUCUACCCACCUUACAAAAGGAGUACGAGUUCUGGAUGGUCAAUCGAUCAGUAGAAGUCCGGAAACAAGACGGGGGAUCAGUGGAGAGUUAUACACUUAACCGCUAUAAUGUCUUCAUGGGAAAACCAAGGCCAGAGUCUUACAGAGAAGACGUUGAAACGGCUGCUGGACUCCCCGAAGUCGAUGCAGCAGAAGUGUAUUCAAAUCUGGCCUCGGCAGCUGAGAGUGGUUGGGAUUUCUCAAGUAGGUGGUUUGGUCAACAAGGCACACUCAGCUCCAUACGCACCAAGCAAAUAGUUCCAGUGGACCUGAAUAGUAUUAUGUGCAUGAACGAAAGACUUCUGGCAGAGUUCUAUGAACAGGCAGGCGACACAGUAAAAGCAGCAGAAUUCACCACUGCCUAUCAGACAAGACGCUCCGCAAUCCAGAAUGUCCUAUGGAAAGAAUCCACAGGUGUAUGGCUGGAUUAUGAUUUAGAGUUAUCUGCCACCAGAGAUGAGUUCUACUUGUCGAAUAUCCUGCCAAUGUGGGCUGGGUGUUACGGCUCGGAAGUCGGCGCUGCUAAACACGAGAUCGACGGGAAAGUUCUCAGCUACUUGAAGAAUGAGGGGGUAUUGGAUUAUCCGGGAGGAGUUCCAACAUCUAAGAAGAACACAAGUGAACAGUGGGACUACCCCAAUGCGUGGCCUCCUCUCCAGCAGAUGCUGAUCGAAGCUCUGGACAACAGCGACUUGAAAGAGGCUAAGCAGAUUGCCUUCGACCUGGCACAGAAAUGGACUCUCACAAACUACUUGGCUUACAAGGAGAACAAAGUCAUGUAUGAAAAAUAUGAUGUAACCAAUCAGGGCGUGCCUGGUCACGGGGGAGAGUACGGAGUACAGGCUGGAUUUGGCUGGACAAAUGGCGUCAUUAUGACCCUGCUGGACGAAUAUGGAGACAAGCUGAAAUCUGAUGUCCCUAUAACUACCACUCCAUCGAGUAGAGGACACCAGGCUAACUCUGAAUACUUCAUAGUGGCACUUCUACUGAGUCUUACUUUAUUUUUCAGUUCCUGCUUUGUUUCUGUUUGAGUUUGGUGAAAUGAGAACUAGAGAUUUGAUGGUUCUACAUUAGUAAAACAUAUCUAUGGGCUUAUAAAGGGACUUAGGUGGAAACAAGUCAGGUGGAAAGUUUCAGGGAUUUUUUGUUUGUUUGAACGGAAGGAAUCCAACAAAAAUUAAUCUUCACAUGUCCCUUUAAAAGAUUUAAGCUAUCAAGUCAGCAAAACUAGAUAAGACUUUAUCAAGAUUCCUGUAAAUGCCACAAUCACCUGUGACCUGUAACUGUCGCAUGUUGAGGGUGUCAUAAUAUAAAAGACACAAACAAUUAACCUGUUAAAGGUGUCACAAUUAUAACCAGUGUCAACUGGAAAGAGUGUAAUAGUGUCACCAAAAGCACCAACAGACCAAAUUAUGAUCGGAGUUCGAAUUGAAAAGGAAGGUGAGGUUUAUUGAUACCUACAUGUAAGGUACAUAAAGAGUAAUCCGUCCUGAAUAAAACACGACCAAAGAUUGGAACUUUUGUUUUUAAUUUAUUAUUUUUUAAAGAGUGAAAUUUACGAAUUUAAGAAGUAGAAUCUUAGGGUGUGAAAAACAGGCCUCAAGUCUUUUUAACUUUCAAAUAUUUCUUUCUCAAAAACUAUGUUACUCCAGAGGGAGUUAUUUCUCACAAUGUUCUAUACUAUCAACA